AUGUUUUACCAGAUUAUUAAGACCAGUGGUAAUUGUUGUGGAAGUGCGUGUUGUGGUUCAGAGACUGUUAUUUGGGAAACCAAAGAUCAUACCAAGUAUGCCUCCAAGGUUUUUACUGAUGGUAUCGGUGCCUGUACCAGUGCCAGUAAUGUGAGUGUGUACCUGAUGAACGGUGAUAUCCUACACUUCAAUAAGGCUGGGUGUAAUAAACCAUGGCUCCCUGCUUCUAACAAAAUACGGCUUGACCUAGGUAAGACCUCCAGUACCAUUUUCUAUGACUUUCACCAUGAUGGUGAGAAGAGGACAUUCACUGCAAAGCCUGGAUACAUGUUCAAAACUGUAAUUCUUAAAAGUUCUUGGAGAUGGACAGUAUGUUGGUCCAGUUGUUGUAAAUGUGGAUGUCUCGCAGAUAAAGUUUUCUGGGAAGCACAAAAGGAUGAUGAAUGUUCAACCAAAGUGGAAGUCUAUGGUGUUGAGUCAAAUAUUAGGAACAUUAACAUAUUCCUGAACAACAAUGAGGUUAGGCACUUCCAUAAGGUGAAAAGGAAGUGGCUCUCAUCAACUGCAAUUGUUAUGGACAUUGGGAUUAAUCAGGAUAAUAAUUUAUUUGAAUACAGAUCUACGAGAGGAUUUGGCCACUUUAAUCCUAGAGCCAAUUUGUCAAUCACUAACAUUGUCAAGAAAGAGCUUAAGAUAUGGUCUGCGAAAGAUAGGGACUAUGGUCUGAAGGUAGUGUUAAUGGGUGCUGGUAAGGAUGAGAAACAUAUAUCCAUUCUACUCCAGAGUGGUGGAUUUGUACUUCUUCAGAAGACUGGAGUGGGUAAACCAUGGCAAGAUAUAACUCAGAAUAAACAUAACUUCUCAGGGGUAAAGUUGUACUCCCUGGAGGAGGGUACAUCCCAAUACACUGAGUUGACUAGGAAUGAUUAUGAUCCAGUAGUCUUUGAGUCUAGAUUCGGCUAUGAGUUUAAUGAUGGUGUCAGAUGUGUGAGGGUCACUCUUAUGGAUGUGCUUGUGUGGACUCACACUGAUGAUACUGAGUUUGGCUAUCCCAAGGGCCUAUAUCUGGAUCUGCUUAAAAACCGGUUCAUGGUCACAAGUCCCAAAGAUCAGACAAGGGAACUGGAUGUCAAGAUAGAUGUUUCUAAGGCUAAGGUGGCUCCAGUAAAAGUUACACCAGUAGUAACACCUGAAAUCAAACAAGUUAUCACUCCAGCAGUCACUGCUCCUCCCACACCCGUGGCUCUGGAUAUUGAGAAGAAACAAACAACCACCGAGUAUGACCAUAAGGAUGAUAAUGGAGUCGUUACAUACACUCCCAAGAGUGGUUAUCUGUUUAGUAAGGUAUCAGAAGGCCAGCAUGAAAUUUGGAAAUCUGCUGCUAAUGCUUUUGGUAAGCUGGUUAGGACUAAGGAAACCAGGGGUAUUAAUUACCUUGUAGUCCUACUCACCAGUAGGACAUUCAGUUUGUUCCAAGAGUCUGAUAAAGAGUGGAAGGAUAUCACCAAAGAUAGGCACUAUGUUACGAAGCUAAAAUUCUACGGCGAAGGUGACGCCGUGCUGAAGGAGACAGACUACGAUGUAACUAUUGUCGACAUGUCAUUUAGUCACACAUUCAAAAGUGGUGUAAAAUGUGUUAAGGUUAAGCUGGGUCAAGAGGUUGUCUGGAGCCAUACAGACGAUCCAAAGUUUAAAGAGAUAACAGUAUUUUCACUGGGUCUUGCUUCAAACUGUUUCUUCAUUAAGAACCCGCCUGGUGAAGUCAAGAUCUAA